AUGUCGGGCACGGACUACUCGCCCUCCGCCAGCGACGACCCCAUACUGCGCAGGCCGCCCAAGACGCCGCUGAAUCCGGAGGACAUCAAGGCGGUGUUCGGAUACGCGCGGGACGCGCGCGAGAGGUUCCAUGUGGGCGAUGUUAUAGGGGCGGGCAGCUACGGUGUGGUGCGCCGGUGCACAGAUAAGGACACUGGCAAGGAAUAUGCCAUCAAGACGCUUCCCAAGAAGCCCAAGAAGGGCCCUCCCACGCCCAGGUACCUCCUGAAGCUGCGAAAUGAGGUGGAUGUCAUGCGGCAAGUCGGCAACAGUCUCAACGUGGUGCACCUCCAGGGUGCUUAUGAGGAUGACUAUGAGAUCCAUCUUGUCAUGGAGCUGUGCACCGGAGGUCCUCUGCUGGAUAGACUUCUGUCCACCAACAGGCGUUCUGAGCAGGACAUCGCACAUGUUGCUCGAUCCAUCCUGCAGUUCAUAGCCCAAUGCCAUGCCAAGGGGGUAGUAUAUCGUGAUGUCAAGACAGACAACUUCUUGUUUCUCAACAAAUCAGAGGCAAGCCCUCUGAAGGCAACUGACUUUGGGUUAUCCAUUCGCCACUGGCCAAAUGAACCACCGAUGAAGUCAAGAACAGGUACCCCAGCAUACAUGGCGCCAGAGCUGAUCCUCCAGAACUACACCGAACUAGCCGAUGUGUGGUCUGUUGGCAUGCUGACCUACCAGCUGCUCACUGGCCAUUUUCCGUAUUGGAAUGACAUCACAAAGUGCAGCCUGAAGCAGCUGUGGCAUGCUGUCGUGAACCAGGAUGUCGAUGUCAACCGGCCUGACCUGGUCAGCAGUCUGUCAGAGGGCGCCAGGGACUUUCUUGGGUUGCUUCUGGUCAGGAACCCAGAAAAGAGGCCCUCAGCUUAUGAGGCCCUCAAGCACCCGUGGGUGAGGGAAGGAGGCACCGCCACUGCACUCCCCCUCCAGGGCAGCGUCGUUCAGAGGCUACAACGGUUUGCCACAUAUGGAGACCUGAAACAGCUGGUGCUGAAGAGGAUAUCGGAGCUUUGCCACGAAUCAAGCACCAUCAGCGAACAGCUCCAUGAUCUGUUCAUUCAGCUGGACGCUGACAGGAGCGGCGGGCUGUCCCAUGAGGAGCUCUCCAAAGGCCUCCGAGCUCAGGGCUACAACUUGUCAGAUGAAGAAGUCACACAGCUCAUGGCUGAGGUCGAUGUGGAUGGGAAUGGCUGCGUUGACUUCAAUGAGUUCAUGGCAACACUCAUAGACUGGAACGAGGUGCAAAUGAAUCCAGAAGAGUGGGCGCACUACCUGGAUCGGAUCUUUAGAGAAAUGGACAGCGAUGGCAAUGGUUUCAUAUCACUUGAUGAGAUCGCCGAGUACUUGCCCCCCAGCCUGCCAGUCUGUACUGAGGAUGGAGAGUUGGGAGAUGAUCGCAUGACCAUUGCGAAACGUAUGCUCCGUGAGGCCGACAGGAAUGAGGAUGGCCUCAUCUCGCGGGAGGAGUUCACCGAGCUGAUGGUGAAGACGAUGGCGCCAGACUGUCUUGAGCAGUACGACAGUCGCGUCAUGAAGCCUGCCACGCCAAGACAGAACUCCAUGCCUCGACAGGGAUCAAUGUAA